GGUGCCGGCGGCGGCCGCGGUUCCCCCCUCACGGAGCGCAGCAGCCGAGCCCUGCUCAUGGAGCGGAGGCGGUUUCCCCAGCUGACAGCGGGGCCGCUGCUCCGCACAGCCCCCCGAGCACGGCAACGUCUCCUCCUCGCUCUCACUCGGGCCAGGCGCAGGUGCGGGGGGGAGGGGGACCAGUCCCCGGGGAGCCGCCGCGGCAGGUGUCGGAUCCCUCAGCGCUCGGCAGCACCCAGCACGGAGCUGCGAAUGGCCCCCGGUGACGGGGAUGGUACCGGCGGCUCUCGGCUUCUCACAGUCCAGCCCCUCGGCUGCAGGGGUCCCCACUUCCCUCCCUCAGGUCACUCUGAUGAGCUCCAGCCUCCUCACUGGCGUCGUCGCACCGAAGGACUGGCGCUACUGCCGCCGCCCCCCCGCUUCCACAUCGCGCGCAUGCGCAGACAUCUCCCUUGCCUUCCUGCGCUCCCUGGUCCGGGGCCGCACGGUACCCGCAGAGGGGAACGAAAAGGGCGGGAAAUGGGGGCACAAGCGCGAGGCGUUAGUGGUCCUGCGCCAGAGCAGAUUCUGAGGGGAAAUAAGGAAAAAUGCCUCCAGGAGCUGGGGCUGCAUGGAGGAAAGACACACUCCCUCUAUCAUACCUCUCCUGCUAAAACAAAUCGCAAGACCUGGCAACAGCGAAAACGGCAGGUUUGGAGGUGCCAAUGUUAUUCCCACCAGCAGCCGCCUUUGUGGACAGAAAAUCACUGGGCCGUUUCAAAACAACUAGAGCUGUCCUCCUCACAGACUUCACCCUAGGACUGCAAUCAAUCCAUCACCUUUGCUAUUUUUGUUACAUUGUUGCUGUUGAAUUUGGAAAAGUGGACAUGAAUACAUCUUAUAAAGAAGGAAGACAUGAGGAUGGGAGCACUUUAGAGCCUGGUUCAAUGCCCAGGGGACACAGCUACAACAACACUGGAAACAUGGGAGUCAGCAUCAUCAAUACCUGGAGAACAAAGGAAGCAGCAUUGGACUAGGGGAGAGAGCCUGACUGAAAGGGGUUCAACCAGUAAGCCUCCUGGAACAUGUGGUGGGGGAGACCUUUGCUUUAUAUUAAUUUAACUUCUUAAGUUAGAUGUUAGUUGCGUUUUGCCGUUUAUUUCCUUGUAACAAAUUCUGACUUAUAUGCCUCAUUACUUGUAGUCACUUAAAGUUUAUCUUCCUGUAGUUAAUAACAUGUGUUUUGUUGUUUGAUCUAAACCAGUGUGUUUGGAUUGAAGUGUUUGGGAAACUCCAUUUGAGAUAACAAGUUUUAUGCAUAUCAUUUUCUGUUAAUAAAUGACAGACUUUA